GGAGUUUCCGGCUGAGAGUCCUAGCCAGGCCGGCUGGAGUGCAGUGGCACGAUCUUGGCUCACUGCAGUGUCUACCUCCUAGGUUCAAGCGAUUCUCCUGCCUUAGCCUCCCAAGUAGAUGGGAUUACAGAUUACUGAAUAAUAAAAUACAGUUUUGAAAAAAUGGAUGAAGAACCUGAAAGAACUAAGCGAUGGGAAGGAGGCUAUGAAAGAACAUGGGAGAUUCUUAAAGAAGAUGAAUCUGGAUCACUUAAAGCUACAAUAGAAGACAUUCUAUUCAAGGCAAAGAGAAAAAGAGUAUUUGAGCACCAUGGACAAGUUCGACUUGGAAUGAUGCGCCACCUUUAUGUGGUAGUAGAUGGAUCAAGAACAAUGGAAGACCAAGAUUUAAAGCCUAAUAGACUGACAUGUACUUUAAAGUUGUUGGAAUACUUUGUAGAGGAAUAUUUUGAUCAAAAUCCUAUUAGUCAGAUUGGAAUAAUUGUGACUAAGAGUAAAAGAGCUGAAAAAUUGACUGAACUCUCAGGAAACCCAAGAAAACAUAUAACAUCUUUGAAGAAAGCUGUGGAUAUGACCUGUCAUGGAGAGCCAUCUCUUUAUAAUUCCCUAAGCAUGGCUAUGCAAACUCUAAAACACAUGCCUGGACAUACAAGUCGAGAAGUACUAAUCAUCUUUAGCAGCCUUACAACUUGUGAUCCAUCUAAUAUUUAUGAUCUAAUCAAGACCCUAAAGGCAGCUAAAAUUAGAGUAUCUGUUAUUGGAUUGUCUGCAGAGGUUCGCGUUUGCACUGUACUUGCUCGUGAAACUGGUGGCACAUACCAUGUUAUUUUAGAUGAAAGCCAUUACAAAGAGUUGCUCACACAUCAUGUUAGUCCUCCUCCUGCUAGCUCAAGUUCUGAAUGCUCCCUUAUUCGUAUGGGAUUUCCUCAGCACACCAUUGCUUCUUUAUCUGACCAGGAUGCAAAACCCUCUUUCAGCAUGGCGCAUUUGGAUGGCAAUACUGAACCAGGACUUACAUUAGGAGGCUAUUUCUGUCCACAGUGUCGGGCAAAGUACUGUGAGCUACCUGUUGAAUGUAAAAUCUGUGGUCUUACUUUGGUGUCUGCUCCCCACUUGGCACGGUCUUACCAUCAUUUGUUUCCUUUGGAUGCUUUUCAAGAAAUUCCCCUAGAAGAAUAUAAUGGAGAAAGGUUUAUGUUUGUGCUGUGUGCCAAAAUGUUUUCUGUGUGGACUGUGAUGUUUUUGUUCAUGAUUCUCUACACUGUUGCCCUGGCUGUAUUCAUAAGAUUCCAGCUCCUUCAGGUGUUUGAUUCCAGCAUGUACUAUACAUUGUAUAUGUUAAAAAGAAAUUUGCAACUGUGAAUAAAAUGACUUAUUUAGAAGAAGCUUCAUUUAAAACAUGAAAGGAUAAUCUGACUUAAGAAACUUUUUGCUAAGAAAAGGUAAUAUUUUAUUAAAUUUUACAUUUGUGUUCUGUCACAGAAAUACCUGAAAUUCAGUAGUACUUCAUUCAAUUAAUUUUGUUUUCUAUUAGAGUUAUACUGUUUUCAAAGUCAUUAUGCAGUAUGUAUAAAUUACUUAUAAUAAUUAAAUUGAUGUGAUAAUUUUGUUUUUAUAAUUAAAUAUAGAAU